CUGGAAGUUUCUACAUGUUCGAGAAGGAUCAUUGACAUAAAAGUGAUAUUUCUGUAGCUGAGUGGUUAAUUUUCAGUCGUUUAAGAGAGAAGACACAUAUCCUGCAUCAGAAACGGAUACGUGUUAGAAGUUAAUUCAAGACAAAAAUGGUGAAAGAAACAGCAUACUACAAAAUACUGGGAGUUGAUCCCAGUUGUACUCCUGAGGAAUUGAAGAAAGCUUACAGAAAACUUGCUCUGAAAUAUCAUCCUGACAAAAAUCCUGAUGAAGGAGAAAAGUUCAAAGCAAUCAGCCAAGCUUAUGAAGUACUGGCUGACCCUAAAAAGAGAGAGAUUUAUGACCGAGGAGGUGAGGAAGCCAUUAAAGGUGGUGAUGCUGGAGGUGGUUUCAACUUCCACUCACCCAUGGACAUUUUCGACAUGUUCUUUGGAGGUGGUGGUGGUGGAGGUCGCAGGGGAAGAGGUCCAGCCAAAGGAAAAGAUGUUGUUCAUCAAAUCAAGGUUUCUUUAGAAGACUUAUAUAAAGGAGCCACAAGGAAACUGGCUCUUCAGAAAAAUGUAAUCUGUGAUAAAUGUGACGGUCGUGGUGGUAAGGAAGGUGCAGUAGAGAAAUGUACACAGUGUCGUGGAACAGGUAUGCAGGUACGAAUACAACAGAUAGGCCCAGGAAUGGUCCAACAGAUACAGAGUGUAUGUGGAGAUUGUCAGGGACAGGGAGAGCGUAUCAAUCCCAAGCACCGCUGUAAACAUUGUCAGGGACGAAAAGUGGUGCGUGAACGAAAGAUCCUUGAGGUCCACAUCGACAAAGGCAUGAGAGAUGGACAAAAUAUCCGUUUCCAUGGUGAGGGAGAUCAGGAACCAGGUCUUGAGGCUGGUGACAUCAUCAUUGUCCUGGAUGAAAAGGAACACUCAGCCUUCCGGCGACAUGAUAACGACCUUAUUAUGGAGAUGGAGUUGAAUCUUGUUGAGACUCUUUGUGGCUUCCAGAAAACCAUCCCCACACUUGAUGACAGAACUCUUGUACUCACAAACCUACCAGGGGAUGUAAUCAAACAUGCAUCUGUUAAGUGUGUUAUGAAUGAAGGCAUGCCUAUAUACAAGGACCCAUUUGAAAAAGGACGACUUAUAAUCAAAUUUAGUAUUAAAUUCCCAGAUAAAAUAGACCCUGCUUGUGUCGGUAGUCUGGAAAAAAUAUUGCCACCCCGACAGGAAGUAAUUAUUCCUGAUGGAGCAGAGGAACAUGACCUUGUUGAAUUUGACCCCAAGGCACAGUCAAGUCGACGACGAGACGAAGCAUAUGGAGACGAUGAGGACGGUGAUGGGAUGGGUGGACAGAGAGUGCAAUGUGCGUCACAUUAAUAUUAUGACAAGCAAGAGACGUUUUAGAAAGACUUGUUUUUAACUAUUCCUGUGACCAUUUUAGCUGAUGUAUUUGUGAUUCCAUUAAAUGAAGGUAUAUAGAUUAUUGAUAAGAAUUCACUCCACAGUUUUUUAUAGGUUUGUGUAUCUUUUAAAUAACUAUGAUUCCAAGACUGAAAUAUAUCUUUUUGUUAAUAUUGAUAAAUAUACAUUACAAAACUAGGUAAUUCUGCAAUAAAGUAAGUGUCUGAUUUACACCAGUGUAGAUUGAUUUACUGAAUUAUAUCAUUUCCACAUCAGAGAAAUGUCUGUUAAUUGUGAAACUGAUAGGUUUUAUAUAUAUUGAACAAGACCUUCUGAUGAAGUCACAGAAAUUACCAUGAAUUCCUAUAUU